AUGUGGAAGAAAUGUACAAAAAAGAUUAAAACUUAUGGAUCUCUUGAUAAAAUCAAGCAAUACUUAUUUGAUCCUUCAUAUACAUCAUUAAUCAAAUGGAUUGUCAUUACCAUCGAACUGUUACUAAAUAUAUACAUCAUACAAACUGUGAAUUACACGGAAAUCGACUGGAAGGCAUAUAUGCAAGAAGUGGAAGGCGUCUUGGUAAAUGGUACAUUUGAUUAUAGUAAACUCAAAGGAGAUACCGGACCUUUGGUGUACCCUGCUGGAUUUGUUUAUGUAUUUUCUGUGCUGUACUAUUUAACUGAAUAUGGAAAGAAUAUUAAAACUGGCCAAUAUAUAUUUAUGUUGUUGUAUUUGGUAAAUAUAUAUUUAGUAUUCAAAAUACAUGAACGCAGUAAAAAAGUUCCACCUUGUGUUAUGCUAUUACAAUGUUUUUCAUCUUAUCGUAUCCAUUCAAUUUAUGUUCUGCGCCUAUUUAAUGAUCCAAUUGCUGUAAUAUUGCUUUACUUGUCUAUACACAUGUUUCUUAAAAACAAAUGGACUAUUGGUAGUAUUAUUUACAGUUUGGCUGUUUCUAUUAAAAUGAAUAUCUUACUGUAUUCUCCAGCACUUUUGAUAGCAUAUCUUACAAAAUUUGGCAUUCGAGGAACAAUUAAACAUAUUACUUAUUGUGCUCUGGUACAGUUAUUAUUAGGAUUGCCAUUUCUAAUUAAUAACCCCAUAAACUAUUUACGAGGAGCUUUCGACUUAUCCAGAGUAUUUUUAUAUAAAUGGUCUGUAAAUUGGAAAUUUGUCCCAUCUAACAUAUUUGUAAGUGGAUAUUUCCAUAUACUUUUACUAGCCAUACAUCUAACAGUAUUGUUAUGGUUCACUGCCACAUGGAUAAAAUUUUUGAACUCUUAUGCCAGAAUGAAACAAAUUGAACACGAUUUAAAGCCACAACUAAAGAAGAAGAAAAUCCACAUCAAUAUGGAUAUCAGUGCAAAUUUAUUUUUAAUACCUAUGUUUUCAGCUAAUUUUAUUGGAAUAAUGUUCAGCCGCUCACUACAUUAUCAAUUUUAUGUUUGGUAUUACCAUACAUUGCCGUUUUUAUUAUGGUCUACCCCUUAUGGAAAUAUAUUUAGAUUAAUUGUACUGGGCCUUAUUGAAAUCUGUUGGAACACAUUUCCAGCUACUGCAUUUAGCAGUGCUUUAUUACAUGUCUGUCAUUGUAUUAUUUUGUAUGGAUUGCAUAGGUACAGGUAUAGAUUUGGGUCUAUAAAAAAAAAAUAG